AUGUUUUCGUGUUUCCUAUUUUUGUAUAGAAUUUAAAAUAACAUCUCAAAAAAGACCUUAAACCUAAAUAUUAAAUAUAAAUUUUCAAAUAUUAAACAAUGGCAGCAGUGUUAAAGAAGAGAGCUUUAGCAGAAUACAACAAAUCAUUUCAGGAUGGUCCAGCGGCAAAGAAACUUCACUUAGCAAAGAAACCAUUAAUAGGUAGUUCUGCUGCUGCUUUCGUUGGCCUUCUGGAAAAAUGCAAAUCAAGUGACGAAGCUUUGCAACUCUUGCUUCGAAUUUCUGACUGUCUACAAUUUCAAGAAUCAGAUGUAGAAGAGGCUAUUAAAAAGUUGUCUGAGCACUUUAGAUCUGAGGAAGAUUCUGUUGUGAGAGUGAAAAUACUGUGGCUAUUUUGUGAUAUUGGCUUGGAGUGCCCAGGGGCAAAUUUAAACAAUUUGAUUGAUGAAACAAUACAUCUCAUCAAAAAUGAAACUUCACAUAAGGUUAUAGCUCAGGGUAUGUCAACAUUAUUGAAGCUCGGCAUUAAACUAAAUGACGAUAAGGCACUCAUGAUGAAACUUGUGAACGUUGGAAAAGACAAUCUGAAGGACACAAGCCAGCGGGUGAAAUGUCAGUGUCUGCAGCUGAUCAGUGAGUUGUACCCCAUCUAUCCGGAGGCGGACAGAACAGCAGAAAUGACUGCAGAGGCUGAUGCCAUUGUUAAAUUACUCGGAGAUUACAGUAAUGCUGAGGAUGCAAGAGUAAGGAGUGAAGCUUUCCAAUCUCUCCUUACUUUGCAUGAGAGAGGGCAAACACUGAGCGCAGAUCUGUAUGAAAAUGUAUGCGCAGCUUUAUCAGAUGAUUAUGAAAUUGUGAGAGAAGUAGCUAUUAAAUUAGUGUGGUUAUUAGGAAACAAAUAUCCAGACAACUCUGUUACCCUGCAGGAUGGGGAAACCACAAUUCGUUUAGUUGACGAUGCAUUUAUACGCCUCUGCUCCGCUGUGAACGAUCUGUGCAUGCAAGUGCGAGCUCUCGCCUGCACGUUACUUGGUACCACUCGUGCUGUGUCCGAUAGAUUCUUGUUACAAACCCUUGACAAGCAAUUAAUGAGUAACAUGAAGAAAAAGCGCACGGCACACGAGCGGGGGGCGGAGCUAGUGCGGUCGGGGGCGUGGGCGAGCGGCCGGCGGUGGGCGGACGACGCGCCCGGCCGCCUGCUGCCCCGCGCCGCUGUCACGUUGCUGCCGGGCGGAGCAGCUGGCGCCUUCGUGCACGGCCUGGAGGAUGAGUUUAUGGAGGUCCGCACGGCCGCCGUUGAUGCUGUAUGUCAGCUGUCGAUGGAGAACACGGUCUUCGCUACCACAUCCCUGGACUUCCUCGUCGACAUGUUCAACGAUGAGAUCGAGGAUGUGAGGCUCCGGGCCAUCGACAGCCUUACGAGGAUCGCUCACCACAUCAUACUGAGAGAGGACCAAUUGGAGAUCAUAUUGGGAGCGCUGGAGGACUAUUCCAUGGACGUGCGUGAGGGUUUGCACAGAAUGCUGGGUUCGUGUACCGUCGCCUCCAAAACGUGUCUCGAGAUGUGCAUCGAAAAGAUAUUGGAAAACCUAAAGCGGUAUCCACAGGACAAACGGUCGACGUUCCGGUGCGUGCAGCGUAUGGGCGUGGCGCACGCGUCGCUCGUGCUGCCGCUGACGGCGCGCCUGCUCGCCGCACACCCAUACAUAGACACUCCCGAACCCGACGUCGACGAUCCGGCCUACAUUUGCGUGCUGAUACUCGUACUGAACGCGGCGCAGCACUGCACGACGAUGCUGCCGCUGUUCGACGACCACACCAUCAAACACUACACCUACCUGCGAGACACCAUGCCGCAUUUUGUGCCGCAGCUGCCUAUUGGUGGUUCCGAAGUGUCGAGUAUAGAGAAGAGCGAGACGGAGAUAGACGACAGCGCGGUGCGGCGGUUCUUCGGCACGGUGUUGCAGCACAUCGACAACACCGCGCUCUCCACUAACGUGCGACUCAAGAUGCUACAGUCAGCUGAGGAACAACUUAACAAGCUGUCGGAGAUGGAGCCCCUGGUGGCGGGCGCGGCGAACUUCACGGCGCUGCUGGCGCGCUGCGUGCUCGCGCUGCACGCCGCGCUGCACGACGCCACGCCGCUGCCCGCGCACGCCGUGCAGCAGCUCACCACCGACUGUCUUAGGCUGCAGCACCAGUUCAGCGGUGUGAGCGAGCAGGAGGCGGCGUGCGUGUGGCAGGUGGCGCUGCGCGUGUGCGGCGCGCGGCUGCUGGCGGCGGACACGCCCCCCGCCGCGCUCGCCGCCGCCGCCGCGCUCACGCACCACGCCGAGGUGCUGGACCGCCUGCUGAUGGCUGCCGGGGCGGAGCCGGACCCGUUCACGAUCGCGGUAUUUCAGCAGCUGUCAGUGGGCGAGCACGCGGCCCCCGCGGCACUGGCGCGCGCCCUACACCCGCUUCUGUUAGCUGCGCCCCUGCCGCAGGUGCCUGCACCUAAUCUGAAAAUCCGCAUGUGCUCCGCGAGUAUAAUCGAGCCGGCGACGGACAACGACACGGUGUUACGUUUCUGCGCGGGUCUCGUGACGGGCGUGGCUCUGGAGGCGGAGGUGUGGCGGGUGCGGGACCCGUCUGCGCUGCGCGUGCGCGUCGCCUACCCCGACCGCCGAGUUCACGCGCGCGCGCCGCCGCGAGAUCAUCUGCGACCGCUGGAUCACGGGAGCACCAAUGACGAUGGCACGCAGAACGUCCGUCUGCUGACUAAAGUGCUUAUAUCGCAUGGCGUGUGGACGGAGCCGUGCGGUGUGGACAUAUCGGUGUGUUUAGCUGUGGAGGAGGGCGGGGGCAGGGAGACCGCGCAGCUUGUUGAGCUGUGUCGCCCCGUGAGAGUGACGGUGGCACCCAAACCCAUUAAGCGCGGGAUAUAAGAUGAAGAAACUGUCCUUUUUAUGUUAUAGGGGGGUUAGUCCCCGAUGCAUUGGCUAGUCAAGCCAUGUUUUUAAAGGGCUGUUCCUCUGGUAAAUACAACUAUGCCUACAAGUUUUAUUAAAUAUAUUUUUUGGUACUUAAGUUACUUAAUAAGUUUGUGUACAUACAAAUUGAGCAACAAAGCAGUUGAGUAGGGAAAAAAAAGGAAAUAACGUAAAUAAUUAUGCUGUAUAGUUGUGGAAUCUAGACCUACAAGGAUGUUAUGGCACGUAAAAGUGAGACAGCUGUCUCUAAAGUGACAGCACUUGUUUUAAUUUUGGCUAAUAAUCCUUGUAGAAUUGUGACCACUACAGAGCUGAAAUGGUCGCUUUGGAGAAAGGAGCUAAUCUCUCAAUAAGAUUAACAUUAUCUAAUGCAUAAGAUUUUACACUGUAUUAACAUUUUUCAGAGAUGAAAAAUUCUUCAAACGAACAUGGAAAUGUGACCAUAGUAUUAUGCUGAAUGUAAAUAUAACCAAUAAACAUUUAUUUUAAGUAAAA